GUUGGAUUUUUACCAAGAUGGUUGCAGUGGAGGGGGAGUGUACCCUAGUAGCUGGGCGUGUCUGCCGCUCUACGGUAAUAUAAAGGCACCUAGUUGUAUAGGCAGUCAUCUUCUUAAGUUCAUUUGUUGUAGAUUUAAUACAGGUAAAUCAAAAAGGAGCAAAAUGAGUCUGACAGCCAAGGACAAAACUCUGGUCAAGGCCUUCUGGGGCAAGGUUAGUGGAAAGGCAGAUGUCGUCGGCGCUGAGGCUUUGGGAAGGUAAGCCUUCUUCAAAAAAGAAUUAUGAGAAUGGUUGUGUUUAAACUAUUGACAGCGGUAUAUUGCCUGCCCUGACCAAGCAUUUUAACAUACAAUAAGUCAACUAAUUUGAUUACGUUGUAGACAGACGACGUGAGGAGUAAGAUACGCGUAAUGCUUAAAAGUUAAUGCAUCUAAAUACGCCUAAAAUGGUAUACAAACUAUUUUGCAGGAUGCUAACCGCCUACCCCCAGACUAAGACCUACUUCUCCCACUGGGCAGACCUGAGCCCCGGCUCUGCCCCAGUCAAGAAGCAUGGAAGCACCAUCAUGGGUGCAAUUGGUAAUGCUGUUGGAAUGAUCGACGACCUCGUCGGUGGACUGAGUGCUCUCAGCGAUUUGCACGCAUUCAAGAUGCGCGUUGACCCUGGCAAUUUCAAGGUUUGCACCCAGAUAACUUAUUAUCUUUAUAUUGAUCACACUCGACUUCAACUCUAAGUCUGUUGCUGCCUUAAUCCGUCAAUAUUAACUUUUAAAAUCUACCUUUCAGAUUCUGUCCCACAACAUACUUGUGACCCUGGCUGUUCACUUCCCUGCGGAUUUCACUCCCGAAGUGCACAUUGCUGUGGAUAAAUUCCUUGCAGCCUUGUCCGCUGCCCUGGCUGACAAAUACAGAUAAGACCAUCAUGAAAGUCCAACAUUGGAGUUCAGUUCCUGGUCUGUUGUUAUCACAAUAAAAUAAACGGGCAAUUAAUUAA